UCAUGUAUAUCGACUAACCUAUUGUAGCAUCUUUUUCGUACACUAUUUUCCUAGAAGCUAUGCGAUCUCUACAACUGACUUAUUUAAGGCGUAAUUUAACACAACAAUUAUUAUGAAAAAUAAGUGUUUUUAAGUCGGCAAAUAUAUAACCUUUAAAACUGUAUGUAUUGAACAAAUUGUAAAUAAUCAUUUCUUUUAAAUAUGGCCAAGCAUCAUCCAGAUUUAAUUUUUUGUCGCAAACAGCCGGGUGUCGCUAUUGGUCGUCUGUGUGAGAAAUGUGAUGGCAAAUGUGUUAUUUGUGAUUCUUAUGUUAGACCUUGUACUCUUGUUAGAAUAUGCGAUGAAUGUAACUAUGGAUCAUACCAAGGACGUUGUGUGAUAUGUGGAGGACCUGGUGUAUCAGAUGCAUACUACUGUAAGGAGUGUACCAUUCAAGAAAAAGAUAGAGAUGGUUGUCCUAAAAUAGUAAACUUAGGUAGUUCCAAAACAGAUCUCUUCUAUGAGAGAAAAAAAUAUGGAUUUAAAAGAAGAUAAUUUUGUUUUAUUAGUUGUCAGCAAUCAUUAAGAAAUAAAUUCUUUUUAACAUA